GCAUUUAUCCAACACGCGUAUACACGGAACAGUCAACUUAUUUAUUAGAAUCCUGUCUUGGACUUGGAAGACGGAAGUUAAACAACAGGUUGGACCAAAAAGUUGAAAUUGUACUACGGUACUCGCACAGCCAGAGCAGGAAAACAAUACAGAGUAAAUCAUGUCGAGGUACGGCAGAGGAUAUUCACCGGAUCGGUACGAAAAUAAGGUGUAUGUAGGAAACUUGCCAUCAGACGCCAGUCGGACAGAUUUGGAAACAGCAUUCAUGAAAUUUGGGCAUGUCAAGAAUGUCUGGGUCGCUAGGAACCCACCAGGCUUUGCUUUCAUAUUUUUUGAUGAUAAGCGUGAUGCUGAGGAUGCGGUAGAAGAACUUGACGACACACAUCUCUGUGGAGUAAAGGUUCGAGUUGAGAUGUCUUCUGGUGAAAGUAGGAGGUCUCGUGGUCGUGGCUUUAGACCCGGUGGUUUUAGACCCCGUCGGAAUAUUGAAAAUGAACGAUGCUACGAGUGUGGUCAGAGGGGUCACUUUGCAAGAGACUGCCGUGAUAAGAGAAGAAGAUCGCCAGGUGGUUACAGGAGUAGUAGACGCUCAAGAUCCUAUUCUAGGUCUCGAUCUCGAAGCCCUCGCCGCCGUCGUGUUUCCAGAAGCCCUCCCAGGUACAGGAGUCGCAGCCGCAGCCGUAGCCGUAACCGAAGCGGAAGCUAUAGCCAAACACGUAGCCAUGUCCGAAGCAGGAGUCGUUCAAGAUCGUAAGGAGUCUGGCGUGUAUUGAGGAUCAACGCUCAAGCAGAACCUUGGUAUUGGGUUAUGUAAUAAAUCCUAAGUACAUGGAUUUGAUGGCCUAUCUGUAAAUAGGAUUUUAUUUUCCUUUUCUGGUUAAUGAUUGAGAUACAUUUAAAAGUGACAAACAACAUUGCAACAUGCAGCUU